GAAAAGCCUUUAGGAAUUUAAAUCAGAACAGAGUCGGCGAUUAUUCUAAACCCUGAACCCAGAUUCAAACCGGCGGCCGACUUUCCCGAAACUCCUUCAAUUGCCUUCUUAUCGGAAUUUCUCCGAUCAAUUUCAAGGCGAUUCUAUUCAUUCAUUUUUUUUUAAAUACGAUUAAGGGGAAAAUAUCGGAAUUAUCUAUGUUUUGAUUUGAAGAAGUCAUGCCGAGGCGGUCGAUAUGGAAGGGACUCUUCGUCGAUGCAUUCCUCACCAGAAUGAAGCAGCAGAGUAAAGACGGUGCCGCUGCUACUCCUCUUCAGCCUGGGAAGAAAAUCUGGUCUCGUCGAUCUUCCAUCUUGCCUGAUUUUGUCAACUGGAGGGUCAGAAUUUACAACGGCAAAACAUUCGUUUCCAAAAAGAUCUCUGAGGGUAUGGUCGGUCAUAAAUUCGGUGAGUUUGCCAAUACAAGGAAACGCCGACCUCAUUCUUCCAAGAAGUAAGGUUAAGUAGAAGAAACCCCCAAAAAAAAAGAAAAAAAAAACAAAAAAAGCUAAAAAAAAAAAGAAAAAGAAAAAUAAUAUGGCUUCCGACGACGGAGGAUCGGUCGGAAGCGAAGACGACGACGAUUUUAACGAAGAUUUUGAAGCUUUGAAAAGAGCUUGCCUUCUUACCGGAACCACCCCUAGUGACCUCCAAAAACAGUCUGUCUCCACCUCUGCUGCCGCCGCCGAUGCCGGGGCUGCUGCGACUUCUGACACCGGCUUCAACUCUGAUGAUGAUGACGAUGAUGAUGGGUUUGAGGACCUCCAGUUGGUUCGUGAUAUCCAGAAAAAAUUCGCCAUUGUGACUGAUAACAGGGAGCCGUUAACGCUCGAGCCUCUCUGCUCGAUACUUCCUGGGUCGGUGGAUAAGGAAGAUGACUUCGAGGAUGAUAUGGAAAUACUUCGAGCUAUUCAACGUCGAUUUGCCUCUUACAAUGAAGAUGAUCAGAAAGGCAGCUUGGAAAAUGUGAAUCCAGAUUAUCAGAAAGCCAGCUUCGAAAAUGUUUCACAUUACCCAGAGCAUGAUGGGGGUAAUACUCUACCAUUGGAAAGUUGUGAGGAUCUGUUUGUUGAUAGUUCUAAUGGAGGGGUAGAUCAUAGUUACAAUAUCGUAAACUAUGAAUCUUGUAAUAAGAUUGCCGGUGGGACUGAGGAGUCUGGUUUGUGGCAAGAUUCUAGUUCUGGUGAUGCAGCAAAGUUGCCCGUUAAAGGUUCAUCAUUCCCGCAAGCAGCCCAGGCCUUCAUAGAUGCAAUCAAGAAGAAUAGGGCUUGUCAGAAAUUAAUCAGGAGUAAAUUAUUGCACAUUGAGUCCAGGGUUGAAGAGUUAAAAGAACUAAAGGAGAGAGUUAAAAUCUUGAAAGAUUUUCAGGUUGCAUGUAGGAGGAGAACUAGUUUAGCAUUGUCCCAGAAAAAGGAUGCCCGUGCUCAACUAAUAUCUGUUUCAAGGAUUGAUCCUAGUUCAAAGCUUAAUUCCAAGAAGCCGUCCCCAAUGCUGUAUGGCCCUGCUGAAAAUUUUCAGGUCUCUAAGUUCAAAGAGACAGUCGAAAGAUCCCCUGCCUUUAUGGGUCGAGCCCGGUGGUCAAAGGAAGAAAGUGAGAAGCUCGCACAUGGUUUGAGACAACAAUUUCAAGAGAUGCUGCUUCAGAGAUCACUGGAUUUACUCAGUGAAGGCGAAGUAUUGGGCGAAGGUUCUGGUGUAUUUGAUGGCGUUCUUGCAUCCAUUGGUGAUGUUGAUUUUACCCCAGAGAAAAUGAGACUGUUCCUUCCAAAGGUCAAUUGGGAGUACUUAGCUUCCAUGUAUGUUCCUGGUCGAUCUGGGCCUGAAUGUCAAACAAGGUGGUUGAAUCAUGAAGAUCCCUUGAUUAAUCAAAAUCCUUGGACUCCAACAGAGGACAAGGUUCUUCUUCAUGUGGUUCAACAGAAGGGGCUCCGGAACUGGAUUGACAUUGCUACCUCAGUGGGAACAAACAGGACGCCGUUCCAGUGCCUAGCUCGCUAUCAGAGAAGUCUUAAUGCUUCAAUAAUUAAAAGGGAAUGGACUGAGGAAGAGGACAAUCAACUCCGAGCUGCUGUGGAAGCUUUUGGGGAAGGUAAUUGGCAGUUCAUUGCUUCAGCUAUUGAAGGACGGACUGGUACUCAAUGCUCUAAUAGAUGGAUGAAGACGUUGCAUCCUGCUAGGCAAAGGGUUGGUAGAUGGACUAAAGAUGAAGACAAGCGUUUGAAAGUUGCUGUGAUGCUUUUUGGCCCUAGAAAUUGGAAGAAAAUAGGUGAAUUUGUCCCUGGCCGAACACAAGUUCAGUGUAGAGAAAGGUGGGUUAAUUCCUUGGAUCCUUCAUUGAAUCUCAAUACGUGGACCGAAGUAGAGGAUUUGAAGUUACAAGAAGCCAUAGAACAACAUGGUUUUUGUUGGUCAAAGGUUGCAGCUUGUGUUCCUCCUCGGACUGAUAAUCAGUGCCGGAGAAGAUGGAAGGUGCUUCGUCCCGAUCAAGUUCCUUUGCUAAAAAUUGCUAGAGAGACCCAAAAGGCUGCCUUGAUAUCCAAUUUUGUGGAUCGGGAAUCUGAACGACCUGCCCUGCGACCUGAUGAUUUUGUUGUGGCCUCUCAGGAAAUAAUUUGCGUACCGGAAUCUGAAUGUGUCAAUCCUCCUGGUAGAAAAAGCAAGGGUUCAAGGAGGAGGAGAGAAGAUGCUCCAUUGAGUUCAUGUUCAGGGGAUCCCUGUUCGAAGGAAGUUCCAGGGUCAUCAGUUAAUGGCACUGAGACAGAGACCUUACCUGAAAUCAAUAAAUCAAAGCCAGGUAUCUCCAAUGUCGCUGAGAAGGAAAGACAGAAAAGUGGUAGUAAAACACUUAAAGGACCAAGGAAGAGAGGUCGGGCGAGCGGUAGUGUAACACAAAAGGGAUCGAGGGAGAGAGCUCGAAUUUUAUCAGAGCUUGCACUGGAGGAUGAUGAAGCUUUUGCUGCAUUUUGCCAGAGAAGCUUGGCAACGCCUGACACCUUUGAUUAUAACAUGACCCUUGCUUCUUAUUACAGCAGUUUGAAGAAAAAGAAAGUUAAAUUGGCGGAAAAGUAGAAUAAUGCAUAGUUGUAGAGAUGUCUUGCAUAUGUUUGGGAUUUUCCUCGCCUUAUUAUUGGCCGUAGCGAGCUUUACACACGGUGAUUUUUUCCGAUCUCUUUCCCUUUGCCACUGAAGUUGCUUGCCAUUAUAUGAAACUCAGAAUGGAAGAAUGGGGCAUUUUGCUGUCUAUCUCAAUGGAGUGUCAUAUGUAAAGCCUAGAUUUUGGUAAAUUUUUGGGAGGUGUUUUCCUUUCAUUGCCCUGAUUUGCACGUGGAAUUGUAAUGUAGGAAGUAGGAACAUUGAGCAUAUGCUUUUGAAUUUUUUUCGAGGAUCAAGUUUAGUAGUGAGAUUGCCAUGAUCAAAAGAAACUUGGGAAUGUUGGUAUUUGGUAAUAACAAAAUCAGUCAUGAUUUGACUCCACAAGCACGACUGUUAAUUUUGAUAUGGUUGACUGAAUUGUAUUGAAACGUGUAUUAAUUCUUUUCGGGUCAAUACGAGUAUAUUUUCCAUUUAUAAGAUGAUAAUGGACUCGCACAAUCUAACAUGGAAUUAGCUUUCCUAUACACAAUGCGUU